AUGAUGCAUGAGUUUGAUAUGUCUGAUCUUGGAUUGAUGCACUAUUUUCUUGGUAUAGAAGUAGUACAAUCUAGUGCCGAAAUAUUUAUUUCACAGAGGAAAUAUGUUCAAGAAAUCUUAGACAGGUUUGAGAUGAAGGAUUUUAAUUCAGUUUGUAUGCCAACUGAAAUUGGUUUGAAACUAGUGAAGAAUUCUGGGGAGAAGAAGGUUGAUAAAACUCUCUACAAACAGAUUGUAGGAAGUCUGAUUGACUAUGCAGGAGACCCAGAUGAUAGGAGAAGCACCUCAGGUUAUGCAUUUAUAAUGGGAGCAGGAGCUAUUUCAUGGUCAUCCAAAAAACAACAGAUUGUCACUCUAUCAACCACUGAAGCUAAGUUUAUUGUAGUAGCAGCCUACGACUGUCAAGCUAUUUGGUUGAGGAGGACACUUGAAGAAUUACGUGGUUUGCAAGAAGGUCCAACUCUUGUCUAUUGUGAUAACAAUUCAGCAAUCAAGUUGUCCAAGAAUCCAGUUUUACAUGGCAGAAGCAAACACAUUGAUGUUCGCUACCAUUUCCUGCGCGACCUCACAAAGGAUGAAACAAUUGAUUUAAUCUACUGCAGAAGUGAAGAUCAGGUGGCUGAUAUUCUAACCAAGCCUCUCAAAUUACCGGUGUUCUCGAAGCUAAGGAAAUUGUUAGGAGUUUGCUCUGUGAAGGAUAUUGCUUGA